CACUGGCUUCCAAUGCAUCCUGCAGGAAGUGAUCUCUGUUUCUGGCAUUCUCUGUCGCCCAGUCAUGGAGUAAACUGUGUGAUACAUUGUCACUCUAGAUUAUCAUUAUUGUUUAUACCCUGGAGCAAAGAAAUACUCUUUUCUGAUUGGCUGACAGGUGUCCAUUAAUUCUCCGUAAUGGGGCACCUAUUAACUAAUUUUCAAAUAGCAUUGUCACGCGCAUGAUUGUGUGUUGGGUUUCAUUAAAAAAAAAAAAAAAAUGUGUCUGCCAGGCUCUUGAGGGCAGCAAGGUGGUGGAGAUGGUGGACGAGCAGAUGCGGGCUAAGGAGGACCCCGAGCAGUGGCCCAUCCCCACGCUGGACAUCCCCCGCACAGACUUCACCCAGCUCAUCAACUGCCCUGAGUUUGUGCCCCGACAGAACCUCUCAUCCUCAGUGUCGACCUCGCCCACUAAAACCACCAAUGACGAUGCGGAACCCUCUGGCAAAUCCAAAGAGCCACCUGCGACGGACCCUACCUCCCAGCCUCCGGGCUCCUCAGCCCUGCCUGAGGUUCCGUCUGGUUCCAAGGUCAAUAGCUCUGAGCUCAAAGGCCCGUCUGCCAGCGUGGCGGAACCAGAAACGGAGGAGUGGGUCCAGGUGGAGAAGAGACAUCGCACCUCCUCAGGAAAGACUAAGUACUGUGAUGGCACUUCUUCCCCUGAACCCACUGCCCAGUGCAUCCCAUCACCAGAACGUUCAGAGCCGGCCCAGACCGUGCCACGACCCAAGGCUGAACCACAACUAGAGGAACUGGAUUUCAUGUUCGAUGAUGAGAUGGAACGCCUUGGGGCGCCUCGCAAGAACACCUUCACUGAUUGGUCCGACGAAGAUUCCGACGACGAGCUGGAUGACAACGAUGUCAACAAGAUCCUGAUCGUUACACAGACGCCACCCCACAUGCGGAAACACCCCGCAGGCGACCGCACAGGGAACCACGUCUCCCGUGCCAAAAUCACCACCGACCUUGCCAAAGCCAUCAAUGACGGUCUGUAUUACUACGAGAAAGACCUCUGGGACGAGGAGGAGAUGCAGCUGGACUGCGCCAACAUCAAGGAGGUGGAGAACUUCAAGAAGUUGAACGUGAUCAGUCAAGACGAGUUCAACACCCUCGCCCCCAAAACGCCCGUGGAUGCCUACCAGGAUGUUCCCACACCUCCCCCUGAACUUGACGAGGCCAGUAUGGCUCACUCUCUCCCCAAGAUAGUGCCCGAUUCUCCUGGCGGUCCCAGGACCCCACAUACCCCGCGCACACCCGGACGCCAAGACCCCAGCAAGAUGCCCCGCUUCUACGCAGUCAUCAAGGAGAGCGGCGAAAUCGACGAAAAAACCCCCAGGAAGAAGAAGACAAGGCACAGCUCCAACCCCCCAAUGGAGUGCCACGUGGGCUGGGUGAUGGACUCCAGAGAGCACCGGCCUCGAACCUCCUCCAUCAGUAGUUCCAAUGCAUCCCCCUCUGAGGGUGCCCCUAUUCUGUCGGGGAGUUACGGCUGUACCCCUCAGUCCCUGCCUAAAUUCAGGCACCCCUCACACGACCUUCUGCGUGAAAACGGAUUCACCCAACAGGUGUAUCACAAGUACCGCAGACGCUGCCUGAACGAGAGGAAACGGUCGGGAGUGGGCCAAUCUCAGGAGAUGAACACACUCUUCAGGUUCUGGUCCUUCUUCUUGAGAGACAACUUCAACAGGAAGAUGUAUGAAGAGUUCAGGCAGUUCGCCGUGGAGGAGGCCAAGGAGAACUACAGGUAUGGACUGGAGUGUUUAUUCCGGUACUACAGCUACGGAUUGGAGAGGAGAUUCAGACAGGAUAUUUUUAAAGACUUCCAGGAAGAGACACUGAGAGACUAUGAAACGGGCCAGCUGUAUGGACUGGAGAAGUUCUGGGCAUUUUUGAAGUACUCUCAGAUGAAGAAACAACCCAUUGAUCCCAAACUGCAAGAACAUCUCAACAAAUUCAAGACUGUUGAUGACUUCCGAGUAGUGCCUCCCAUGGGAGAGGAGGGAGGCAGGAGGAGACGACACUCAUCCUCUGCUGGCGACGAAGGGAGGCGAAGACGACACAACUCCAGUUCGUCCAGUUCCAAGCCCGCCCCCGGCAUCAAGAACACCAAUCAGACCCCAGCUUCUGCAUCUGCCAAAACCACCUCCGCCAAUCCCAGCUCUGCCCCAGCCACUGCCAAGACCCCGGUGGCCAAUGCUAUUGCUGCUCCUGCUGCUCCUCCUGCUGCUGCUGCUGCUCAGGCCGCCACAGCCUCUUCAGUCAGUCAAAAAACUGUGCCCUCAAACACCAAGACCUCCUCCAGUGAGUCUGCGACCACUCGAGGCGGACCCAAAGACAAGCCCAAGCAGAACACCUCCUCUGAUGCCCACCGUAAGGAAGCCGCCAAGCCCAAAGAUGGGCAAAUGCCAAAUAAAUGACCUCCCUCCAGGGAACUCUGCCUUAGUUAGUGGUUCUCCACCCAGGGACAUGUCUCUACCUUACCUGUCUCUACUUAACUCUUUCAGGUAGACUCGGCUUGAGUGCCAGAGAAAAUGGAGACAUAAGGUUAGCUUUAACUGUCCACACCUUAAAGUUUCAGGUGUGACGCAAGUCAGUAAAGAGUCCCAUUUUCAACUCGCGUGCUGUUUUUAGGACGUUAACUUUGUGUCAAAGAUGAUGUUUAGAUCACGUCAUUGCACAGUACGAACAGUUUUUUUUUUUUUUUUUUUUCUUCUUUAUUUCUUCUUCCAAAAAUAGGAUUUUCAAUCAGGCACCAACUGUAAAGAUCAAGGGAGGUGACGCUAAUCAUGUUAUUUUUCAGCUGUAAAAGUUUACAGAAAAUGCAUUCCUGCAUUGAAGGCAUUUCUUGUUACUUUGGAAGGAUGCCUAACACAUUUUUAAAAAGGAUUUAUCAACAGCUACUUAACUCGUAUCAGGAGACAAUUCUCAUUUGACAUUGCAUUGCCUCUCUGUUUGUCGCAAUAUAUGUGUGCCAAGUCAAUUAUAUUACAAGCUAACAACAAUCUUAUUUCUCUAAAACACCUAAAAUGAUGCAGGGACAUCUCCUCGAGGCUGACACUAUAUUCACAACAUACAGUUUAGUGCUUUCCUUUUUGUAGGUUUAUGAAAUAUUGUGAUAAAAUGCUAUGUAAUCAACAGAAAGCGCAAACAAUACAGAAAAACAUUUCCUUUCAAUGACUGUCAAGUUAUGCUUGACAUAAAAUGGUGGAGGUUGAUCAACUGAAAAAAAGUUUUUCUGAAGCUAUGACCCUUAUAA